GGCGGAAGGGGUGGAGGAGGAGGGGGUCAGCAGUUGUAGUCUUGUUGAGGGAAGUGAUGUCGAUGAUGAUGAUGAUGAUGAUGAUGCUCGUGCUGGUGGUAUUCGUAGUUGUUUAAUAACAACAGCAACAACAACUCUUGCGAGACACAAACGAGGGGAGAAAGCAGUGUUGUAUUCGGUGCCUCAGGCAGAAUUGAGGAGAGAGUUGUGUCUGAAGACUCGAGUUCGUAAUUAAGUAAGGAAGUCAUUAGGGAAGAUGAUGGUUAUGAAGAGCCAGUUGAUGAUGACGGUCACGUUGCUGGGUAUUGUUGUUGCGGAGGCAUUGGUGGUGAUGACAUGAAGUUAUUGGUGGUGAGCGGCCAGGAUGCCGGUCAGCUGCACCAUGCUCGACACCCCGGACACGCCACUGCCACCACCGACCCCCCAAUUACAACAACAACCACAACAACAACCACAACAGCAGCCAUCAGGAAAUACCACACACUGCAGCAACUGCACAGAGUGUGGUACUAAGGUGGUGGUCGGGGGAACGGAAGCGGUGUACUGGGCUGUCCAGCUGGACGCCGACCUGCUGGACACCAUCGCCGCUAUCUACCCUCACUGGUUCAAGGAUUGCAAUUUGAACGACUUGAGUAAAAUGGCCGAAGGCAGUAGUAGCAGCAGCGGCGGGGGGUCUCAGCCCCCCUUUAUUCCUCUCUCUCCUCCUAAAUGUGAGGUGGAUGACUCUCCACUACAAGGAAAGAUGCUCAAUAAAAAUAAAGAAUCACUGAAGGUGAAGCUGAUGCUUCGACGACCACGGGAGGACCUCGUUAACCGUGGAGUUAUCCCACCUAUGAACACCCCAACUGCAUUUUACGAACAACGGCAGAAGUUAGACAUGGCCAAAAAACAUGACAUCCUCAAGCAGAAGAUGCAGCGCAGGCCAGAUCGAGAAGAACUGGUUCGCCAACACAUUUUGGAGGAUGCUCCAGGGAACAUUGAUCCAUCAUUGGUAGAAAAGCAAAAACAGCUGAAACGUGCGAGAAUAGCUGAUGCCAUUAGUGAUCACCUAUGUCAGCGGCCUGGCCCAUUGGAACUAGUUCGAGCGAAUAUCCUCCAUACUUCUGAAGAUCUCGAGAAAGCUGUCAAGGAGGGGCAGUUAAUGUUCAAAAGUACAAGCGAAGGGGAACCUCGAAAGCACCCCAGCUUAUAUGUACAAUAUGAAGAUGAAUCGAGUAGCGAAGGUGGCAUGUCCCCUGAUCAAAGUGAAGCAGGAAGUGCAUCUGGAGUCAGAGAACUACUUUCUCCCAGUCCUGUACUCUUGGAAGCCUCCUCCCUCACACCAGUAUCAGCCACAACAGCAGUUAUAGCUCCCCCUCCACCACCACCUCCUUUGGCACAAACAGUCCAUGCAACCAUUACCUCGGCUACAGAUUUAGCCGCUCCUUCACCGUCCUUAACAUCGACAACUUCAUCCCUCUCUCCUUUAUCCUCCUUGGCUUCCCCACAACACCCACUGUUACCAUCUCCUCAAGCCUCUGCCCUAACUCAGACACUCUUUGUUACCCGCACACCUCUUCCUCAUGCUCUCACCACGCCACCACAGCAGAAUUCAGCCCCUGGAAAAGAUCAGUCAAAGAGUCGCAAGAAAUCUAAAGGAAAAAGUCAGCCAAAAGCAAGAACAAUUAAGUUCCAUGAAUAUAAGGGUCCUCCCAGUGCUGUGAAGAGAGAGAGCAGUAGUAAUCCUGCUGAGACAUCGUAUGACAUUCUGCUUCAACAGCAGCAGCUCUUCUUACAGUGUCAACUAGAACUGAAACAAAAGUAUCCUCAAAUAAUCUUGCCAGCAGCAUUGAAACCUUCAAGCACUGACAGUUCUAGUAGCAGCAGUUUAUCAUCUGUCAAGAAAUUGGCACCAACACCCCCUCCUCUUCCAUCCUCAACUAUAACCACGGGGUUGACCUUAUCACAGGUUCUCCAAACUCCAAAUCACACACCAACCACCACGCCAACGCCUUCAUCGACUCCACCUGCACCUCCACCACCUCCUACACCACCAGAAACUAGUAUCAGAGUUCACACAAAAUUAGAAGAUAUGAAAGUUUCAGACUUGAAAGCAGAGUUGAAAAAGAGAAACUUACCUGUUUCUGGCUCAAAGCCCCAGUUGAUUGAAAGACUGAAGAAUCAUGCAUCUCUGAGUUCAACAUGUUUUUCAAGCACUGUAGGGAACAGUAACAGUAGCAGCAUCAGCAGCAACAGCUUUAAUAAUUCCUCCGUUACCCUAAGAUUAGGUAGUGUAGAAAGAGAGACGUUAGCUCCUCUCAUAGCUAGUGAUGGAGAGGAAAAAAUUAGUACUAAUCGAACUGACACGGUUGCUCAAUUGUUACAUGAAAAUUCACCUACUCCUACAUCAUCACAGUCUGUUAUCAACAAUACAGAUGAUUCAUCAGUGCAAGGCCUUUUAGAGGCUUCCAUGGAUUUCGGUGAUGACAGUGUCUCCUCUCCAGCGUACUCUCACAUUUCUGCUUCCUCUACACGACCGCCAAGUGCUGCUCCCAUGGAUGUUGACUUUGAUUCAGCAAUGGACACUAAUGAUUUCGCUCCUUUAACUCCUGGAGGUGCACUAACGCCACUAGGCCUUCAGCUUAGUGAUGGAGGCUCUAUAAACACACCACCACCACCCCCACCUCCACCGCCACCACCUCCGCCAGCCAACCACUCUACCAAUACCACCUCCAGUAUUCCAAUUGGAAGUGUAUUAAUAUCUGCUAUGGGUCAAGCAGUCACCAAUCCAACACAUAUUGUAACAACACGACAGAACAUUGUUCCACAAACACCCACUCAUUCCUUGGUGUCAAGUGAAACUAUGGUCCAUUUACAAAAGCGUAUAGAGGACCUUCAGAGAGAACUUCAUCAUACACAGAUGCAGCUUCAGCUUCAGCAACAACAGAACAUCAUCAAAGCCCAAGAACAACAGCGUAAAAACAUGACUGACAAUAAAAUCAGCCAAAAACUCAUUUUGCAACAGCACAUUCACAACAAAAAGCAACAGCAACAGCAGCAACAGUUACAGAGCCAUAUACAACAGUUACAUCAGUUGCAGACAUUACAGCAACAGCAGCAGCAGUUAUUACAACAAGGUGUUCAACCUGAAUUGUGCAAAGACAGAAUCCUUGAAAAUGGUUUAGAGCCUUCAGACAACUUGCAACAGCAGCUGGAUCACAGUCAGCAACCACAGGACUCUCUUGAGGAAGUAACAGUCAAGGUUGAAAAUGGUUGGGAACAGCUCCUUAAUUCCCCCAACCCACACAUACCCCUGCAACCAAAGAAUCACCAGUCAGGAACAGUUUCUUCACAAAACGGUGUUACUAUUAAUGCACAUCAAAGAACUGCUUCUCUUCCAAACUUCUCCGGAUUGAUCGUCACCAAUAGUUGUGACACAAAUAGUGUCAACAACAACAACAACAACAAUAUUAAUAAUAACAAUAACAACAACAACAACAAUAAUAAUAACAAUAAUAAUAAUGUUAACAGAGUUACGACCGAACCUCAGUUUGUCAUAAAACCACCACCAAACUACGAUGAAGCUACAAAACAAUUAAAGGGGACAGCAAUCCCAAAUAAAACUUCUCACCACCAGCAAAAUCGAAAAAUAUCUGUGAAGAGUCAAGCAGUAGAUGAUGUCUUAGAAAUCUUGAUUAAGAAUGGAGAACUUCCCCCCAGUGCUGCCCAAGAUCCUCAUACUCCUACCACUCCGAAAUGUAGCCGCAAUGGGCCAAUCUUCAACACAUCAUCUGUAGCUUCAUCACCAGUUUAUACCACCACUUCAACUCUUCAGAACAUAUUCAGUAACUCAUCAGCUGCACUGCCUGUUAUAUUUACAACCUCGUCAGCACCAAUAGCUGCAGUGUAUACUACUACCAUUCCCACAACGGGUGAGACUGCAGUUCCACCUCCACCCCCUCCACCACCACCACCACCGCAACAUUCUAGUCAUCGCACUACUUCAAUAACAACGUCCACUACAGUUCCCGUAGUACCACCCGUCUUAAGCAUCGCCAAUUCAUGCCCGUCACCUACAGGAAGCAGUAGUCUAAACUCUCACUCUUUAUUUGCUGACCUUGUUAUGGAGGGGUCCAGUCAACCUCCAUUGGAUCUACCCUUAGAUCUGGAUUUACCAGGAUUAGAAGGAAUGGAAUUGGGUGCACUAGAACAUAGUUUAGAACCCAAUAAUAUACCUCCAGAACUUAUGAUCUCACAGAGGACAGAGGAGCCUUUUAUCACUGUUGACCCACCGAUAGAUGUUAAGAUGGAGGUGAAUGAUGAUGUAGAUGUGGCAUCAUGGCUUGAUUCUCUGGUUCCUCCAACAAGUAGUUCAUCACUGACACCUGGGUCAUCAUCUUUUGCAGCACCGUGGCCACCCAGCCAGUCAGUGUCAUCAUCAGACAAUAAUAGUGACAGUGGUAUGGGAAGCAGUUAUAACAGUGGCAGCAGUAGUAGCUGCAGUAACAGAGGAAGUGACCAUAGUAGCUGCAGUACCAGUAGUUCUAGUAGUAGCAGUAGCAGCAGUAGCAUCAGCAAUGGUGUGAGAAGUGGUUUAAAUGUGCAUCAAAGUGACCCACUGCUCUCUAAUAAUCAGGAUCAGUUGGACCUUUUUAAUCUAGAGGAAAUGGACCUCAAGGCCCAUGAUGUAACGUCGGGGCUUUCAUGGGACCGCAUUGAUUUUACUGCAUGAGUGUAGUGCUAGCACCCGUUUAUUUAGCCAGUCACCACCAUAUUCUCUGGUCCAAGUAUAUUCAGCUUAGGACCAGCAAAUGGCAAGACUUAAAAGUUAAGGAGGGACCAUAUGGCUGCUGUAGUAGAAUUCAGCCACGACUGGUUAGCGUGUAUGACAGCUGAAGUGCUACUGCUGAAUAUUUUAGUGAGUGAGUGGCGGCCAUGCCCUAGAUUGGCUGUUAUAGACUUCAGUGUUAAUGUCUGUGAUGACAAAUGAGUGCCUUACAAGUACUCUAACAAAGGACCAUUAAUGACUAUUAGCUAAUGUAAUUAUAAUUAUUAAUAUUUAGGUUGUGUCAGCCAACUCCACAAAUUCCCUUAUAUUCCAUUUUGACUACCUGUCAUGUAGAUCAUGCUCACACAUCAUUACUAUUACUGUACUUGAAGUUUAAUGAAGAGAGUUUAUCAAAGAUUGUAUCUGAAUUUAUCUGAACUUCUUCAUAACUAAUUGGUAUGUAAAACUGUACAUCAUAUAUUUGUAAAUACUGUAAUUCCUUCUUGUAAAAUGGUGCUGUUUUCCACUUGUUUGAGUUUUCACCGAAAUGGGUCAGAUUAUGUGCCCAGUAGCUAAUCCUACUAUUAGUUCAAGUCUCUCACUAUGUAAUAGAUAUAUAUGGUAAGUUUUUGGGAACAAAUCUACCCCUUCCACAAACUUUACUGUGUGCUUGCCUUAGAAUGUGGAUGAUGAUAUUGUUAACAUCUGUGUAUGUAUUUUUUAUCCAUAAGAUGUGUAAUGAAAGGAAAGCAGUUGGUGCCUGUUCUUUGGCCAGAUAUAGGUUUUAAUGGAACAGCAGCAACAAUAAUAGCUGACUUCUCAUAGCCCACUGAAGGCAGGCACACAGUGCAACCAUUCCAUUAUGACCCCCAGCCCGUGGCUGUGUUCUUGGCUGUUCUCAGCUACCCCCAGUCAAGAGCAGUAGUGCUAGCCCUUGUUCAUGAUGUGCAAGUAAGUGUAUCACCCUGGCAUGUGGCGUCCCAGAAUACCUGUCGUCAACCUUUACCCUAGUUUGUGUUGUCCAAAAGCCAGUGAAUUGGGACCCUGGCCAGUGGAGUUGACUACUAUUGCCUCCUUGUCUUGGGUUGGUGGGGUCUUAAGCCAGUGCUCAACACCUGAUUAAUUUGAGUCCAACACUAAGGCCUGUUUUGGCUGUAGCCAAAGCUGUGUUAGUUCAUAAAUUUUAAGAAAUUUCUUCUCUCAUGAAAGCCUGUGCUUACAAUCUUCAUUGAUUGUGUCAAGUCAUAUCAUAGACCCCAACCCAUGGUGUCCAGACAUUGCCAUGUUUGUGACUGUGGUUCUUGCAUUGAAAAAAAUUAAUAGCUUUUUAUCCCUGGCAUUUGGUGUUGAGAGUUGUUCAGCAUUUGUGACCCUGGCUUGGGUGUGUAUGAAUAUAUUAGUCCAUCGCUCACCUUUUUGUGCCGAUUGUCAAGAAUCUCAGAUUGAGGUAAUAUUUAUUCAUCAAUAUUCAUAUGCUCUGAAUUUUGAACCCCAUGGCAUACAUUUUUCAGCUGUUGCAAAGGUCACUGACAUGUGGUGUGUUGAAAUCAGAGUAGUUACUUGUUACAGGUACUAGAAUGCCUCAUUGUUGAGUAUAAGACCUCAGUGUACCCCCUGGCUAAUGGUGUCCAAUGCUAGCCUUUUCAACUCCUUAGAUCAAGGCAGCCCACUCCUAUAUUUUCAACUCUUGAAGGUAACGAUUGAUGCCAGCAAAUGAUGUCUAGUGACCCAAGAUGAUGUCACUACAUAGCCUGUACAAUUGAUGUUAAUGAUUUGACAUGUCAGCUGUAAGUUGUCUUUUAAUGACUCAGACGAAAGCUUACAACAUACCACACUUGUGGUACUAUCAAGAUUGUUUCUUUCUUUUUUUUUUUUACAAAUGCUUCUUGCUCUUUAAUAACAAUAUUGUGAGUAGACAAAACCUAUAGAACAAGCAGAUGCUACAUAUCAACUUUGGCCUAGUUGAUGUGAGUGACAUGCUAUGUUGUAUGGGUUGACUUGGCUUUGGCGCUUUUGCUUGGUCUGCAAUGUAGUACAGUAGUCUACAUUUCAGCCAAGGUACACCAGACUUGCAAACACAUGCAACCAAGUAUAUGUCAUUAAGUAAACUUGCUCAGCUGUCAUACAUACAUGAUAUUUAAAACUUAAUCUUCCAAGUCGGGUAAAAUAUGUAUGUUUAGAAACCUUCAUGUGUGCCAAGUUUUAGAGCAGUUAAAUGACAUUCUCAAGUUUUAAUUUUUCAGUGAAAGGGCACAAAAUUCCAUGUCAUCAUAUUUAGGUAUUAACAUUUUGUGUAUCUUCUAAAAAAAAAAAAAUGUACAUAGACAAGAAAUACAGUAUACUUUUGGUGCAAUGUGUUAGUUAGGAAGACCAAAUUGGUGUAUCCUAAGAAUUUUGAUUCCUGUAAUUCAUAUUCCAUCAUAAACUAAAUAAAGUAUUGUCAUGUAUAUUCUAAGUAUAUUGAGGAUCAGUAACUUGUGGGCUAGUCUGGUCCUUGGUAGCUCUUGUACAGAUUCUUGCAUUGCAAAUAAUUUUUGGGCAUUUUUCAUUUACAUAAAAAUUUGCGUCAUAUUUCUUGCCAUGCAGUGGAAGUAAAUAUGUAAUGCUUGCAUCAAUUGGAUACUGCAAAAAUAUGACUCAAUACUUGUGGUACCAACAUUAUACUAUUUAUGUCUGCUCCUGUGCUCAACAAGUAAAAAAAGCUCUGCUGGGGCCUUGUUCUUAUUGUGCCAAACCAAUAUACGCAAUUACCGCAGUUAGCCACAUUCCACUAAUACACCUGCAAUUCUGGCUGCAGCAGUAACCAAGGUGAUUUCUGUUCAGUUAUUUUUAGGUAAUUUUUUUCUGAUUUUUAUUAAUUCAAGUUAUUUGAUGAAACCAUAUAUUUUGUUCCAUAAAUACUGUAUGUCAGUUUUCCAUGUGCACAAGUCAAUAUGACUUCAUCAUACUACAGUAGUUUAAGAAUAUAAUCUGCUUUUUUGAUUGAGUACUGUACAGUUUUUUUGACACCAUAUAUACAAUUCAUUUUUAAUCGGAUGGAGAUGUAUACGUAACUACAGUCAUAGAUGAGUUAAAUGAAUCGAAUAGUGAGAUUUGGCCUGUUGUAAUAUCAAAAAGUGUUUUUAAUGUACUAAUGCUAUAGUGAAAUUGUAUAAAACUGAUGUCUAGCCUUUCAUCCAGCUUCCAUUAUGAUUUGGUCCAAGGCUAGCUUUAGUGUUGUAAAUCAAGUAAGUUACUUUUAAUCAAGAUAUAAUUUCAUAUUUUAAACAUUAUUUGUACUGUAGCUUUAUUAUGAUUUAUAUUUCAGAUAAAGAUACUUAUUUUAAUACUGGAAAAAAAUUUACGAUUCCGCAUAUUCAUGUGUACAUCAAAGAAUUUGAUACCAGUUAUUACAGGGAGCAGAAAAUGGGUAAAUUUUUACAGUAAGUUUUAAUGAAAACUGGCAGUCAAUUGCAGUAUUUAACAUAAUUGGAUUAGCUCAAUAUCAAAGUACUACAUAUUAAUGUUUGACAAUUGGCAAAACAAAAAAAUAACCUUCAUUUAGAAAUUAAUGUAUCCAGCUACUAGAACAAUUUAUUUAGUUUUAUCAGGUUUUUUCACCAUUUCCCCUAAUGUGUAUUAUUUACAGGUUUUCAUUAUUACUUCCAUAAUUGGUUUACAUAUUCAGUCUAUUCUAUUAAAAAAUGAUUUUAUUGCACUUAUAACAGUAGCAGUGCUUGAUCAUAUAUCAUUUAUGGUUUUGUUUUCAUGGGGCUUUGUUAUCAAUCCUCACUUGCCAGUGAUAAUUGAUAGCAUUUGAACAUUUCAUUACCAAAAAAAAUUGAAUUUGUAGUAUGUACUUAAAAAGCUUUCAUAUAAACCUUAGAAAAUUUGUGUGUAUGCAUUUUUUUGGGGGGUAUGAAAAGGUGGUGUGAGAAAAUUAUACAUUAGAAGUAUUCUGGUAUUGGUCACACAUCUAAGUAAAUGUAUCCCUUUAGAGAAGGAACUUGAAAUGUUUAUGGGAGGCUAACAUUGAUUAUGUAUGCACUUGGAACUGCUAAGCAUGAGAAUGCAGGGCAAUUAACUGUGCUUCCUUUUAUGCGUAGGCUCUUUUAUUUUAUUUUUUUUCCUCCAAGUAUUUGCUGCAGCCGCAUUAAUGGUGAAUAGUGUUCGUGGUACUCACAACUUGAGUCACUUAACAAAGCUUUACUACCCUGUGUAUUUGGAAAAUUGUUAAAAAUUAAUGGAUUACACUUGUCAGGUGGAUUAAAUUAAUAAAUGGCACUUGGUAAA